AUGGAUAAAAAAAUUGAAUUAUUAAUAAAUACAAUAAAGGAUUGGACAAUAAAAUAUGCAUACAAAAUUUAUGUUAAAGGAAAAAACGAAGAAAAAAAAGAAUAUUAUUAUACUGUUACAUUUUUUCAUCAAAAGGUAAAUGAGUCUAUUUCAAAAUGCACUAUAAAUGUAAAUUUUGUAAUAACAGAAAUAGAAUUAAUAGAUCUUAAUAAUUUAGAUACAUAUCAUAAUUCCAAUGAAAAAUAUUUUAUAACAUUUAAAUUUGAAAAUGAAAAUCUAACAAGAACUCUAGAUAUGAAUUUAAACUAUGAAGCGUGGAUAGAUAAAUUAAUAAAAGAUAAAGAAAAGCUAAGAAACAAGAUAGAUUUAUCAUCAGAAUAUAUGAAAACUAGAUUUAUUAAACCUAUUGAUGAAGAAAAUAUUCAAAUAAUUCUAAAUAAAAUUAAAGGGGAAAGAGAAGAAAUUAGAAAAAAAAAUGAAGAACAAAAAGAGUUAAAAGAAAAAAAAGAGAACAAAUUAAAUAAAAUAAAGUUGUAUGAAGAAACACAUGAAUUAGAAAAAAUUAAUUCUAAACAUGAUUCAAACACUUCUCAUGGAAAUAAAGAAUUUGAAAAAGGAAUUAAGAAAAAUGAAGAAAAUCAAUAUUUAAAUGAAGUACUGUCUUUUUUAAGAAAUAUUUUAUAUUUUUAUUUUAUAGAUAUAGAUAUUAAAAAAAAAGGAAAAUUGAUAUAUAAUUAUUAUACUGAAAUUUUAAAAAUGGUUAAUUAUAAGAUAUGUAUAAGUUAUAAACAUUUAGAAAAUUCCUUAAAUGAAAGAGAAGAUAAAGAAGAUGAAUUUUCAAAUAUGUCCGAAAAUUUUUUUUUCUAUGAAUCAGAUAAUGUAUUGUAUUCUAGUACUAAUGAUAGUUCAAACGAAGAAAAUAUAGUUACACAAAAUAUGAAAAAAAAAAAAAAUGCAAAAGAUGAAAAAAAAUAUAUCUCAAAUUUAUUUAAUAUUAAUAAUAAAGAAGUUAAUCUAAUUAAAGAUAUUAAUAUUUAUAAAAAUGAUAAUUUUAAUGGAAGUAAUAUAUUUUUUGAGCCAUUAAACAAAUCAAUAAUUAAUUCUGAAUUAUUCAUUUUUGAUAAAUAUAAUGAAUAUAAUAAGUAUAUAUUUACUGAUAAUUACUAUGAUUUUUUAUUAUAUAUAUCAUAUGCGGAUGAAGAAGAAAAAGGAUGUAUAAAUUAUAAUGAUUAUAUAAAUAAUUUACCAGAAUAUUUAUACGAAUUAAAUAGGAAUAGAGAAUAUUUUAAUGUAAUCAGUAUAGAUGACUUAGUUUUGUACAAGCAAUUUAUAUAUGUCUGUUAUGAAAAUGAAUUAAAUUUUAUGUAUGAUUGUUUUUUAAAUGAAUUUAAGAAAUUUGAUGUUAGUGAUAGUGGAUAUAUUCAUCGUAAUCAAUUAAAAAAAAUUCUUCAAGAAAAUGACCAUAUUAUAUCAAGACAAGAAUAUAAGCUAUUACUUCACAUUUUUGAUUUUAAUGAUGAUAAUUAUGUGUACUAUAAAAAUAUUAAAGAAAUAAUUUUAAGAUUAAGAUUUGAAGGAAUAAAAAAUAGCAUAUUUGAGAGAGAUAAAAAGUUACUUCAAAAAUAUUUAUGUGAAGAGUUGAUAAAAAAUAACUUAAAAAAUAAGAAAAAGAUACAUAUAUUUGAAUGCAAAAAUAUUUUAGAUUUUUGUGAUAAAAUUUAUUUAAAUAAAAAUAUUAUUCAUAUAAUAUUGUCUUCUCUAAAUUUUGAUGAAAAUUUAGAAUUAGAUGUCACUUUCUUUUUACAAGUUUCUGUUACAAUAAUUACUAAUAGUAUUAAAUUAGAAAAUAUGCAUAUGAUUUAUAAUAUGAUAACUGAUGAAAAAGAAAAAAAAGAAGUUCAAAAUAAAGAAUCAAAUCUUUACAAGAGAAAAAAAGAUAAUAAAAAAAUUGAAAAGGCCAAUAUACCAGCAUUAGAAUUAGUUGAAAGAACAUUAACAAAAUUAUUUAAAGUACUAGAUGAAAAAAAUGAAAAUUAUUUAAAUAUAAAUGAAUUCAUUGAAACAUUGUUAGAAUCAAAUAAAAAAAAAAAGAUUAUUGAUAUAAAAGAAAUAUGUAAAUUAAGUAAAAACGAGUUGCAAGGUUUCGUAGCAGAAAUAGAUGUUGGUUCAAAGAAAGAUAUUUGUAAAAAAAACAUAAAAGAUAAUGAGAAUUUCCAGUUGUUCAAAAAUAGAAAAAUUCAUUAUGAAUCUCAUAUACAUAAAUGGUGCUCAAAAACAUAUCAAAUAAGAUCAUGUGAUUACUAUAGCUAUUUUCUGAAUCAUUUGGAUAAUUUAAUAGAAUUAGACGAAGAGAUAAAUAAAUCUUUGUUGUUUUGUGAAGAAAAAAAAGAAUAUUAA